AUGGACAACCCGAAGGAGCCCCCCUCCGCUCCGCGUGGCCACAAGCGCAAAGCAUCGGGAGACGCGCCCCCGGCCCUCACUACCGCCGCCCUCGCGGCCCACAAUCUCCGCAUGGAUAAUGCCCCAGAUGACGGCCGCGAAGACCGCCCGGUGGCCCGUUAUUACUGGCCUGACGGGGAUCGCCGCGGUAACGGCUCGCCCGUCUACACCGCCACCGCCGCCUUCGAAGAAUCCGUAACCCACGUCCUCCGCGUCGGGAACGGCCCGCCCGCCGACUCCACCGGCUCCCUCAGAAUCCAAGAUCUCCGCGUCGGUACCAGCCUGUCCGGGCCAACCACCACACCCAUCCCCAAAAAGGAAGAAACCAUGGCUACCCCCGACUCCGCCCGCCCCCGCACCCACAAGCCCAUCCCGCUCCCGAGCCGGAUCACCAUCUCCUCUCUCAUAAGACUCAAUGAGCGCUUCCGUCAUGACCCGAACCUCCUUAUCCCCGGGUACAUUGCCCCAACAGUCAAAACCGGCGACAGCAGCGAGUACAGCCUCAAGACGGAUCGUAGCGCGGGUUCGCGCGAGACCGUCGGCGACGUUCAUGACGUCGAGGAAGACGAGGAGGCGUAUAUGGCGAGGAUGAGGGAGGAGCAGGAGCAGAGGUGGAGGGAGAUAGAGGAGAAGACGGGGGAGGUGCAUCCGGACAGGAAUAGCUCGAGGGCGGAGAUAAAGAGGCCGGAGGACAAGGGUAAAACCAUGCGGGAGAUGGUCCGGGAGGGGUGUGGGCCGUAUCAUGGACCGUAG